UGUGACGACCUGAAGAGGCAGGGGCGGAAGCCGGGGUCCGGCCACCUCAAGAUCUGGGGCCGGGGGCAGGAACCCUUGCGGAGCGCGAGGGUGGGAGCGGGCUGCGGACCCCGCGCGCGAUCGCCGGCCCUACGCGUGCGCGGGUGCGCGGGCCGCUGACAGGUUCUUUAAUGGAGCAACCAGUCAGUCUGCAAACCUGGUUUCAUUUGAUGCUCUACAGACCCUAGCUCUGAAGCCAGUUAACUCAUCCUGUUGUCCAGGUUUGGGCUAGCUAGUCACCCUCAUGAUGCUGGACUUCCUGGCUGAGAACAACCUCUGUGGCCAAGCAAUCCUGAGGAUCGUUUCCUGUGGCAAUGCCAUUAUCGCUGAGCUGCUGAGGCUGUCCGAGUUUAUUCCUGCUGUGUUCAGGUUAAAAGACCGAGCUGACCAACAGAAAUAUGGAGAUAUUAUAUUUGAUUUCAGCUAUUUUAAGGGUCCUGAGUUAUGUGAAAGCAAAUUGGAAGCUAAGCCGGAGCUCCAGGAUUUAGAUGAAGAAUUUCGGGAAAACAACAUAGAAAUUGUGACCAGAUUUUAUUUAGCAUUUCAAAGUGUACAUAAAUAUAUUGUAGACUUAAACAGAUAUCUAGAUGAUCUCAAUGAAGGUGUUUAUAUUCAGCAAACCUUAGAAACUGUGCUUCUCAAUGAAGAUGGAAAACAACUUCUAUGUGAAGCCCUGUACUUAUAUGGAGUUAUGCUGCUGGUCAUCGACCAAAAGAUUGAAGGAGAAGUCAGAGAGAGAAUGCUAGUUUCUUACUAUCGAUACAGUGCGGCCCGAUCUUCUGCUGAUUCAAAUAUGGAUGAUAUUUGUAAGCUGCUGCGAAGUACAGGUUAUUCCAGCCAACCAGGAGCCAAAAGGCCACCCAACUAUCCCGAGAGCUAUUUCCAGAGAGUGCCUAUCAAUGAAGCCUUCAUCAGCAUGGUCAUUGGCCGGCUGAGAUCAGACGAUAUUUACAAUCAGGUCUCAGCAUAUCCCUUGCCAGAACAUCGCAGCACUGCGCUGGCAAAUCAAGCCGCCAUGCUGUAUGUGAUUCUCUACUUUGACCCUUCCAUUCUUCACACCCAUCAAGCAAAAAUGAGAGAGAUCGUGGAUAAAUACUUUCCAGAUAAUUGGGUAAUUAGUAUUUACAUGGGAAUCACAGUUAACCUAGGAGAUGCUUGGGAACCUUACAAAGCUGCAAAAACAGCUUUAAACAAUACCCUGGACCUUUCAAACGUCAAAGAACAGGCAAGUAGAUAUGCUACUGUCAGUGAAAGAGUACAUGCUCAAGUACAGCAGUUUCUGAAAGAAGGUUAUUUAAGAGAAGAGAUGGUUCUGGACAAUAUUCCAAGGCUUCUGAACUGUCUGAGAGACUGCAAUGUUGCCAUCCGAUGGUUGAUGCUGCAUACAGCAGACUCAGCCUGUGACCCAAACAACAAACGCCUUCGUCAAAUCAAGGACCAGAUUCUAACAGACUCUAGGUACAAUCCCAAGAUCCUCUUCCAGUUGCUAUUGGAUACUGCGCAAUUUGAGUUUAUACUCAAAGAGAUGUUCAAGCAAAUGCUUUCAGAAAAACAAGCCAAAUGGGAGUAUUAUAAGAAAGAGGGCUCAGAGCGGAUGACCGAACUUGCUGAUGUCUUCUCAGGAGUGAAACCCCUAACCAGAGUGGAGAAAAAUGAAAAUCUUCAAGCUUGGUUCAGAGAAAUCUCAAAACAAAUAUUGUCUUUAAAUUAUGAUGAUUCCACUGCUGCAGGCAGAAAAACUGUGCAGCUAAUACAAGCUUUGGAGGAGGUUCAGGAAUUUCAUCAGUUGGAAUCAAAUUUGCAAGUGUGUCAGUUCCUCGCUGAUACUCGAAAGUUCCUCCAUCAAAUGAUCAGGACCAUUAACAUUAAAGAGGAGGUCCUGAUCACAAUGCAGAUCGUCGGGGACCUUUCUUUUGCUUGGCAGUUAAUUGACAGUUUCACAUCCAUCAUGCAAGAAAGCAUAAGAGUAAGCCCGUCCAUGGUCACUAAACUCAGAGCCACAUUCCUGAAGCUUGCCUCUGCCCUUGACCUGCCUCUUCUUCGUAUCAAUCAAGCAAAUAGCCCUGACCUUCUCAGUGUGUCUCAGUAUUAUUCUGGUGAAUUAGUGUCCUAUGUGAGAAAGGUUUUGCAAAUCAUCCCAGAAAGCAUGUUUACAUCUCUUCUAAAGAUCAUAAAGCUUCAGACCCACGACAUCAUCGAGGUGCCUACCCGCCUGGACAAAGACAAGCUGCGGGACUACGCUCAGCUCGGCCCACGAUACGAGGUUGCCAAGCUCACCCAUGCUAUUUCCAUUUUUACCGAAGGUAUCUUAAUGAUGAAAACAACUUUAGUUGGCAUCAUCAAGGUGGAUCCGAAGCAGUUGCUGGAAGACGGAAUAAGGAAGGAGCUGGUUAAACGGGUUGCUUUCGCCCUUCACAGAGGACUGAUAUUCAACCCUCGAGCCAAGCCAAGUGAACUGAUGCCCAAGCUGAAAGAGUUGGGAGCCACCAUGGAUGGAUUCCAUCGUUCUUUUGAAUACAUACAGGACUAUGUCAACAUUUAUGGUCUGAAGAUUUGGCAGGAAGAAGUCUCUCGUAUUAUAAAUUACAAUGUGGAACAAGAGUGUAAUAACUUCCUAAGAACAAAGAUUCAGGACUGGCAGAGCAUGUACCAGUCUACUCACAUUCCCAUACCCAAGCUCCCCCCUGUGGACGAGUCCGUCACGUUUAUUGGUCGACUCUGCAGAGAAAUCUUGCGGAUCACGGACCCAAAGAUGACAUGUCACGUAGACCAGCUGAACACCUGGUAUGAUAUGAAGACUCAUCAAGAAGUGACCAGCAGCCGCCUCUUCUCAGAAAUUCAGACCACCUUGGGGACCUUUGGUCUGAAUGGGCUAGACAGGCUUCUGUGCUUCAUGAUCGUGAAGGAGCUGCAGAAUUUCCUCAGUAUGUUUCAGAAAAUUAUCCUGAGAGAUAGAACUGUUCAGGAUACUUUAAAAACCCUCAUGAACGCCGUCAGCCCCUUAAAGAGCAUUGUAGCAAAUUCAAAUAAAAUUUAUCUUUCUGCCAUUGCCAAAACGCAGAAGAUUUGGACUGCUUACCUCGAGGCUAUAAUGAAGGUUGGACAGAUGCAGAUUCUGAGACAGCAGAUUGCCAAUGAAUUAAAUUAUUCCUGCCGGUUUGACUCCAAACAUCUGGCAGCUGCUCUGGAGAAUCUCAACAAGGCUCUCCUGGCAGAUAUUGAAGCCCAUUAUCAGGAUCCUUCACUUCCUUACCCCAAAGAAGAUAAUACACUUUUAUAUGAAAUCACAGCCUACCUGGAGGCAGCUGGCAUCCACAACCCGCUGAAUAAGAUUUAUAUAACAACAAAGCGCUUGCCCUAUUUCCCAAUUGUCAACUUUCUAUUUCUGAUUGCUCAGUUGCCAAAACUCCAGUACAACAAAAAUCUAGGAAUGGUCUGCCGAAAACCUGCCGACCCUGUUGACUGGCCGCCGCUCGUCCUGGGACUGCUCACUCUGCUGAAGCAGUUUCAUUCCCGGUACACCGAGCAGUUCCUGGCGCUCAUCGGCCAGUUUAUCCGCUCCACAGUGGAGCAGUGCACAAGCCAGAAGAUACCUGAAAUGCCUGCAGAUGUUGUGGGUGCCCUUCUGUUCCUGGAGGACUAUGUUCGGUACACAAAGCUCCCCAGGAGGGUUGCUGAAGCACACGUGCCUAACUUCAUUUUUGAUGAGUUCAGAACAGUCCUGUAAAUUUUUUGUUCUUUUACUUCUUAUGAAACGGUUGUCCUUAAAUCUCCCUACCUUUGCUAAAAUGAACUUGGGAAUGCAAAGAAACUCAACAGCUCAUAUAACUGCAAUUUUUUUCCCUCCAUUGUGGGAAACAUCAGACAUUCUGAGGAAGAUGUAUCUCGCUAAUAGUUAAUAUGAUUAAUAUUGUUUAAAUCAUGGUAUUAUAUGCAAUUUAUAUCAUGUAGAAGCAGAACAAAUUUUGUACUGCCUCUUAUAAAUGCUGAAUGUAAUUGUUACGUAUAAAUCCAUUUAGUUUUAUGUUCUAAAGAACUAUUUGUGCAACUCUGGAUUUUCAGUAAAAUAGAAUUCCCUUUGUGAGGGAACCUCACAAA